CCGGCGCGCCUUGCGCAUCGCCUUGUCAACUGAACUUGCACUCAGUCGAAAUUAGCAAACUGGAUGACGACGAUGAUGUCAUUGCCCCGAGGAGCCGAGCGGCGCGGCGCAACGCCAGCGAGCGGCCAGUGAAGCUGUCAAGAUGGCCGUCACGUACAUCUGAUCGGAGGUGUGUGCGAAAUUCGACGCCGAUUCGCGAUAAAACGGAGCCAUGCACUACGUGUCGCUGGUACGGUGAUCGCGCGGAGACAGCCGGCUCGUAUCGAUGCGGACCAUCCUGGGCGCCGUCGAUGGUUGUUCCUGUCCCCGCGGCCGCCGGCGGCUCGCAGUGAACCAUGUUCAGCAAGAAGCUCCAUGUAGACGUGAAGAAGUCUACCCUGAAGAUCCAGGAUGUCAAGAAGGACAGCGCGACGCGAUUCAAGCAUCUCAAAAUCGUGCUAGAAAAUGUGGACACUGACGAGGCAAAGGGAUUUUUCGAAGGCAACUUUAGUCAUGUGUACUUCAUCUUGUACGAUUGUUUUGUAUCUGCUGAGGCGAAUCUUCGACAACGCGAGCUUUCCUUCCACAUUGUGCAUAAGGCACACAGGGAAGAGUUAGAACAAGUAUUGCAGCUCCUGGAGAAAGUUCUGACUCUUCUUCCGGAGCUGCUCAACAGACGAUGGCAAUGCCAUAGUCUAGCACGGAUUCUGCAGAAGCUCUUACAUCCUGGCAACAGUUGGAAAUUACGCAGACAAGCCAUAAGAUACUUUAUUCUGUGGUACCAAGCCCUUGGCGAAAAUGCUCCCGAGCAUAUACAUCAGAUGUUCGCCAGUUUGGUGCCGGGAUUCCCACCGCAUCAAGCAUCGCCUUACAAAUGUGAUCGCAAGGCGGACGGCAAGAAAGAAAAGGUCGCGAAAGCGACUAACCAUGAGGAGAAGGACAAGAAGGAAUUUUACGACACGCAACUCGUACUGAGCACUUUUCAUGACAAUGGGUCGAAUCAGUGUCCUGUCAGCCAAGUUGACGGCGGGCCCAUUUUACCACCCCAAAGUGGGGAAAAGCCGCUCGACAAUGAGACUGUUAGGUUUUUGGAAGCAUUGCUUGAAUUUAUGGUUACUCAGGUGGUAAAGAUAGAAUGGCGGGAUAAGUCUACACGGCAACACAAAACUUUCCAAUUUCUGUUGGAGCGCUUCAAGGCGACGUACCUUCGUCACAUUUGUCCAGAAUUCGACGACAACUUUUCUCUGUACAAGCCAAAUCUGGAAUUGCCUACAAUGCGAAAACCGAUGAAUCAAAACCAGGAUAACUACAUGCUCUGUAAAGUCGUUCUAAUCAAAUGGAUCGCAAGCUUCACGCACGUCGCUAGGAAGGACGGGCUUUUCGCCCAUCUCUCGCAGAGCACCACGCCGAACGAGGAGAACGCCGAGUCCGAAUUGCGCCGUGUGUCGGUCACGCAAAAUUCCACGGACUCGAAUCUAUUGUCACCGGAAUCAGCCAUGUCCCAGCAGGACAGCCAGAAUCAAGAGGACAGCACCAUCUCGGCGGUCACAUUAGUCAGAGAGGUUUUGUACGGAAACAGGGACAACGUAAACUUCGUGCACGAACUGUACAGACAGGCGUUUCUUCUGGACUUCAGUCACGCCGGUGCUAUACGAAAGGCCAUCGCCGUUUACAAGGAUUGGAUUCAGAUGAACGAAAUACCUCCGUUCAUGUUGGAACCGUUGGAUGGUCACAAAGAUCGGGACCUGGAGGAUAAUCAAAGGAAGGAUGGCAGUGAAACGGAGAAGAGUCCAUCCGAGAGUUACCGGCAGACGAGAUUGAGGAACGAUUCUUACCUGGGAGCUAUACACCGGGAGAAUUUAUUCAUCAGGGCGGGCUUGCAGAAUGUCCUGCAGGUGUUCAUCACGCAGGCGUCGAACGUAUUCUUCCUGGAGCACUCGGGACCGAAUUCGUCCGCGACGUUACUCGAGGAACAAACCGACAGUUGUAAAAGGGUCUUAAACGUGUAUCGAUACGUUGUUAUGCACUCCAGACUGGAACCAGCUACCUGGGAACAGUUGCUGAGAGUGUUGCUGCAGAUCACGUCUCUUGUGCUGAGCGAGAAAUCCUCUCGCCGCAAACAUCAGGAAAGUAUCGGCGGCAAACUGGCGCCCGCUAUUUUCCAGACGCUUAUCGUUACAUGGAUUAAAGCUAACUUAAACGUGGUUAUUUCCACCCAACUGUGGGACCAGUUUCUGGAGGUGCUGACGUCGUUGACGCAGUGGGAAGAGUUAAUUCGAGAAUGGGCGAAAACCCUGGACACACUGACGAGAGUACUAGCGAGACACGUAUACAAUUUGGACUUGAACGACCUGCCCUUGGACAGACUGAGCGAGCAGAAGUCGAAGAAACGACGCGGGGUCGGGAGUCGCGCAGCGUCCACCGGGAGUGUGCAGCCACCUCGGACGGGUAGCGUCGACCAGGAGAACAACGUCGCGCCGAAGGAGAACGUGACAGAUCACCCGCUGCGCGACCUGAGGAAGGUGCGACCGCUUCCUCGCAGCGCCAGCGACAACAAUCUCUACAGCGGCAAGAAUCGGACGAAGUUGCAGAGGAAUCGCACGCACACGAUACACGGCGGCAUUCCCGUACUCCCCCUAUCGAUAGAACAAGAUAUGGCGCGGUUGCUGUCAAGCGGCUCGACCUCAUCGUCGUCGGCCGGCCGGAAGAUGUUGCCCAGCAGACGUGCCAAAUCUUUGGAUAGCAUUGUUGUAGUUGAUAGCGAACCACCGUCGCCACGAUGCCCGUCGCCGACACCCAGCAGCGGCGUCGACAGCAACAAAGAUAGCCCCAUACAGAUAGAGAAUAUUGACGGUAGCAGUAUCGAUACGAACGAUGCAUCAGAGAGGAGAUCGGUUAUGGCAGGCGGAGGCGUCCGUGGAUGGUUGCCAGAUGUGGCUGUUGUUUUAUGGCGGCGUAUGCUCUCGGCAUUGGGGGACGUGAAUAACAUUCAAGACCCCACUCUGCACGGCCAAGUCAUGGACUAUCUCGUGCAGCUCACGCAAACGUUGAUCAAGAUACGUUUGAAUCAGGGAGUAUCCGGUGAUAAUCAAGCAACACCUCCGGCGCCCGAGCUGAUCCCACCUUUAACGGUGAUCGCACCGUGGUGCUUCAAGGCGAUCCAACUUCCUGAGCAGUACGAAAUCGGCAAACUGGCAGCUUACCGUUUGAUAUGUCUCUUAACGGUGCAACCGCUGGACAUCAGUCUACCGAAGCAACAUUUGACGCUCUUCUAUCGCGCCGUUCACAACGGCAUCGCCAGUAAGGAUAGUAACGUUCUGCAGGUGCUUGUGAAGUACACAGGACCCAGAUUGUUUAGCCUGAAUCUGCCCGGAUCGAGUCUCCUGAUUCUGGACUACAUACACGCUGCUAAUGUGAUACUCGGCAGCCACGACGUCGAGGCACCAAGAACAGAAGCUGUUUCUAUCAUCGGCUCGUUGUUAUCCUUACCCGCCGCAAUGUUCAAGCUACCUAUGCUGCAGCCGAAAGGGCCUGACAUUAUAACCAUGACGUGCCCGGAAGCAAAGGAACAUAUCGUAACGAUACUCUUGCGGAGCUGCCGCCGGGAACCAACCGGGAUCGCGAGAUGCGUGGCUCUCUCCAGCAUCGCGAUGUUCGUGUACAAAGAAUUGUCCUACAAGACGCAACAUCAGCGGAUCCCCGAAGCUGUCAACGUUCUCCUCCUUGCGCUUCGAGCCUCGCAUGCCACGGUGGCGCAGGUCGCGUGUGACUCGCUUUUACUUCUCUGCGAUAAGGCGGACGUGCUGCUAGAAUUGUAUCCCAACGUGCCAUCUAAAAUAAUACAGGUCCUGUCGGAUACACUCGGGCGAAUGACCUCGCGAGAGAGACGCGGGCCCUUGACAGUGUCGAUGUUGUUCUGCUUGGGCGAGUGGGCCAUGCACUUAGGACCGACGGUCUUACUCCGAGUGUUCCAGGGGAAGCCUCUCCUAAUGACGUUAUUUACAGUGUUGAACAACAUAGUGCAGAAUAAAAUUGGCAAGGAGUCUUCCAAAUCGGCUAAGAACGGUCAGGAUGACGGUAGCGACUUUGAGUUCGACAUCACGUUGGAUAAUCUGGCGGACGAGCCCUCCUCGAAGUCGCCCCACAAAGGGAAUAUCCAGUCCGUGCAGUUGGCGGCGAAAAUGGUGAUGAUGCAUUUAAUCAACCACCUGGGACAUUUCCCGAUGGGUAUCGGAGCGGCGCGUCUCUCAUCGCUAGUCGUCGAGCUGGACGACGUCCCCGGCAUCGACGGGGACGAGCUGUCGUCCGCAGUUUUUCAAGCACCUAAUAUACAGCUGCUGAUGCUCUCUAAUUCGAUCAUAAUGUCGCUGGUGGAGUUAGCGGCACUGGAUGCACCUGGCGGCGGCGUCACCGCCGGCUUAACUACGGCUCCUUCUUUGGUUCGGGUUCUGCUGAGAGAUCUUGCUGGGAAAGCCUCCUGGGACAGUUCAAUACUAUACAGCCAACCCUUCGUCGACGAUGAUCUACCGCUGCCAUUUGCGAAGCCCAUCGACUGGAGCGCGAAACUGCACACGGACGACUUGAACAGUGUCAUCACACCUCACAACUGCACACCCAGGCACACAAUACGACAUCGCGAGCCCCACAUAUUGCCGACCUUCGCAAACGCUGCAAGUGACAUGGACAACUUGGACGAUCUUCUUCAGUACAUAGGGCAUACCAGUCCAGAGGUUCUGACUAAUCCGGAAGUCGCCCUCAACGCACCCGCUAACCCGCCUCAGGGACAUUAUCUGGAAAGCGAGACUAUCGCGACGAUUCUGAGUCAAAGAAACGCCGAGCAAGAACACGUCAACAAUUGGAAUCAACACAUCAGUAUGUGCGCGUCAGCAAUCAGCCCGCCGUCGUGCCGUCCGCCCCCGGCGCCGUUCCACCACUGCCGCCUUCUGUUUUCGCAUCUCGGCUUGUCCGGCUGGGAGCAGCGUAGGAAAUUACAUUUGCUGGCGAAGAACGAGAAGCUGCUGCGCGAACUGCGCAACCUCGACAGCCAGCGGUCCAGGGAGACCCACAAGAUAGCGGUGAUCUACGUCAGCCAAGGUCAGGAAGACAAGAACUCCAUACUAAGCAACGUCACUGCCAGUAAGGAGUACGAGAGCUUCAUCGCGAGGCUCGCUUGGGAAGUGGAGCUGGAAUCGCACACGGGUUUCCUUGGCGGCCUGGUGCCCGGGAAGGCGUCCGGCGUUACCGCGCCGUAUUACGCCACGUCCUUCACCGAGAUCCUCUUCCACGUCGCCACGAGGAUGCCGUCGGACAGUCCCGAGAGUUUACUGCAAAAGACGCGACAUCUUGGCAACGAUGAAAUUCACAUCGUCUGGUCGGAGCAUUGGCGGGACUACCGCAGGGACAUCAUACCGACGGAGUUCUGCGACGUCCUGAUAGUCAUUUAUCCGCUGCAAAACAAAUUGUACCGGAUACAGAUCUCGCGGAAGUCGGAAAUCCCGUUCUUCGGGCCGCUGUUCGACGAGUGCAUCGUGGAGGACAAGGUGCUGCCGGGCCUGGUGAGAACCACCGCGUUAGCCGCGAGCAGAGCGAAGAGGUCCACGCUCACGUUGUAUCAGCAUUACUAUGAGGAGAGGGCCCGAUCCAUAGACACUGUUAUGAGAAAUCACAAAGAAGCCACGACGUUCGAGGAGUUCACCGCUAAUGUGUAUUCACCGGUGCAACCGCCGAGCCCGUUCAGCGGGGCCUCGUCUGUUUCCGGAUCUACAACAAGCGUGCAAUCCACAGCAUCGUCGAACCUCGCGGCGGCUCUUAUAGAUUCGCACCAGGGACGCUCCGGUCUGCGCAGCGUUUCGACAGCGAGCAGUGACAACCGUGCGAAUAGAGUUUCUGACGGAAGCAGGGUGUGGUUUAGCAAUGACACCCCCGAGAGUACCACUCUUCACGGCAUUUCACCGAGACCCGUAAAAAAAAUGUCCUUUAAAACUGGACCGAAACAGAGAGCUAACACGCAACCCACUCCUCCGGAUAGUCCGAGAUACAAAUGAAAGGUUUCCUAUUCCGUGCCGGGAAAACGCUCCGCACAACUGCUUGUGAAUGGACUCACCGUGCGUUGUACUUUAAAGGCAUUAUCCGGGCGAGAGUUGUAGGCGAAACUACCGAUGACGACUAGAGUACUCUAUUCGUCGCGCGAAUUAAGGAUGUCGACGCGGUGCGGUUGAUACUUUUGCCAACCGAUAGAUUUCAUUCACAGUGGGGAUUGAAUAUCUGAUCGUAAUCUUAGCGUUUUCUGUUCUCCGUCCUUAGAUUUAAUUUUUAUAUUACAUGUACAGAUCGUUGUUUAUUUGUCGCAACGUGAAUAUUAAUUUAUUGCAAGGUGAAUAUACGAUAUAAAUUCGUGAAACCAUAGGUUACAGAAUCAUGGUGCAUAAACUUCUCAUAGAAGGGUUAUCGGUGUCGAGAGAGAGAGAGAGAGAGAGAGAGAGAGAGAGAGAGAGAGAGAGAGAGAUAGCUAUUUACAUUGUACAGCACUUUCUUAAAAUUGUUUUAUCGUAGUAUUUAUAGUAUCAAUAGUUUAAAAAAAAUCAUUAUUCUGGACUAAAAUUUCUAUCUUAAAUUAUAUAUUGAAAGUAGCACAUAGAAAUAUACUAACAUCGUCAGAAUGCUCCGCAGUACUACUGUAUGGCCUUGUAACUGUUUUAUUUGUCACAGUAUAUAGACAUAGAGUAACUACUAUUUUAUUAUUAAUUGGCAGAAGAUUAGUGCGGGAGAAUUUACAAUUAAAUGUUAUAGAGCUUGUUAGCUUGUAUAUUGAAGUCAUGUCUCAGGCGUGGGACUAAGGUGAAUUCGAUAAUUGCGUUAGCCUGAUUUGAAGCGAGAAAAUAGUGAUUAGAAUCGCAAUUUAAAUGGAGUCAGUGAUCUACGGACACUUUCAGAAAUAAAAAAAAGAAAAAUACUUAAGUUGCACAUUCCACGCGCGUACAUCAUCUUGUUCUUAAUUUACAUUUUAUUUGUACUAUUAAUGAACUAUCGAACCAUUCCAUUCGAAUGUUAUAUUCGUAAUUUUCGACAAAGGUGUCCAUUCUUUUCUUUUUUUACUUUUUAAUUUUUAUUUUAUUUUAUUUUAUUUUUUAUUUUUUUUUCAUUUGAAUGUUUUGCAACGUGUCAAUACAAAAACUUUUUCAUUUUAUUCGAGAUAAUUUAAAGAGAUCGCAAACGGAAUCGCCGAAGUGUUUUGUUUCCAUACCAAAGUCGAAGGUGCUUAAUGUUUUAUAAUAUGGGCGAAUUAAAUAUUUCGAAUGAAACCACCAGAGGUGAUUAUCAAAGAUUUAGUAAGUACCGGGAAGAACGAAAACACGGAAGGGAAAGGGGAAAUUUGAAAGUAAAUUUAUUCCACACGUUGAGUAAGCAGUAAGUGGCUAUUUACUUUAUACAAAUCAUCCUAAUGCAGUGAUAAUAAUCAAAGUAUUAAUGUUAUAUCUAAUAUAUUAACGAACGGCGGACUAUAACACAGGAUUAACAUCGUGGUAACGACCGAUACGGUAUUCGAGAUGAGAUUUUUCUAGAGGUAUACACUUGGCGCGAUGAUGAAACUCUGUGUAUAAUUAGAGUUUUUUGACCAUUUUGAAGACUACCAUGGAACACAUUCAAAAGUGUAGGUAUUAGCAACGAAGAUGUAGUUUAAUAAUGAUUACUGAUGCGCAGAUCAUGGCCAAAGCAGCAUUAUUUUUUCACUAAUUUAUAAUGAGGUAGAACAGUGAGAAGCAGUGUAUGUAUUGUAUAUAAAUUGUUAAGCAUACGAAGCGCGGCUCCGAGAAGUCAUUUAAGAUUAUUCCGAAUGUAUGUCACGUUACAUCGUCAGUAAUAUUACGUAUUAGUUGAAACCGUACAUACAUACGCACACAUACACACAGCAGCAUAUACGCAUCGUACACAUACAUGCACGCACACACACAUACACACACACACACACACAGCAUAUAACAAAAGUUCAUUUAUUAUUAUAACAUGCAAGAAUGCUUUUACUGAUCGUAUUUAAACGUUGUACUUAACCGAAUACUUUUAUUAGUAUCGCUACCGCUAUUACGCUAUUAUUUAACGUUCUGAAGUACGAAUUGUUCUUUAAUACUAGAACAUUGUCGAAAUACCUUUUUAUAUUGCGUUUAGUUUUGGUAGAGCCAGAGAUUAGCGGAUGCAUAAGAGUAGUAAGGGACAAAGAAAUUACGAGAAUUUUUGUUUUUGCCGAGAGGAGAGAGCGAACUGGGAUAUGAUCCUUUUCUCUUUGUCUUUUUUUUGUUUCCUUAUCAAAAAGGGAAGAGUAUUCGAUAGAAUAAGAGAAACCUAAAAUAGUAGAAUACUCGAACCUCAGAAUUUAAAUUCCUUUCUUCUUUUUUUUUUUGUACACAAGAAUAAAGUCGUACUAUAUCUAUCUGUGUGUAAAGAUAUUGCAAACAUUUACAUAUAUUGAUAUUUAUGCGGAAUAACCAUGUAAUAAUCUUACGGCAUUUCUCCAUUUACAAUGAAGUUAAUUAUUUCUGAGAGAAUUAAAGCUAAGGCGUAUAUUUAAAAUGUCGUCUUGCUAUGCAGCGAUUUCUGUAAUUCUGUAUUAAAUAUAAAACACAGAAGAAGAAUCAAUAUACUAAUAUAUAUAUUUAUUAUUUUCUACAGAAAGCUGCGAAGCACCUUUAAAUGUAUAUUUAUCCGAUUAUCUUUCUAUCUAUGUAAUAAUCACGUAAUGUAUAAUAACUUCGUUGAUACGCUCCGUUUUUUGAAGAGAGCAAUUAUAUAUUUUAUUCGAUAAUUGUAUAAUUCAACACACGAGAAAUGCAAGGAUCCGUGGGAGGAUUUGAGUUUUUGCGUCAGACAGUUACGUGUGUAUGGCAGUAAUAUGUUCAUACAAAUAUUCUCGACACGGAAUAUCGACGAUUCGUUCUUGCACAAAUUCCACCACAUAAUUAACUAUUCCAACUUUAACGACUUUAUACGCGGUACAGCAAUCAGUCGCGUUGGCUUCGAUAUCUGUACAGCGUUCUCAAAGGUGUUCAAGAAAAUAUUAUUCUUCUGCCACAGAAAUUUGUUGUCCAAAGAUAUCUCUCUCUGCUAUUAACAUUAAUUGUACACACAUCUCUGUAAUGGACUGUACAUUUUACUGCACAAUAAAAUUGUGAUGAAUUA